AUGGUGGCUUCUCCUUCUCUGGCUUUACCUGCGGCAAUGGCUUUGGCUCGGGCCUUGGCAAGCGCGGCACCCAGAAAUGUAUCUCCGGUACUGUCUCUAAGGGAAGCUCUUCUGCCUCCAGCCACGGCUCUGGCUCUCGAGGCCCCCCCUUCCUCUGCUCCUUCAUUCUCUUGCGGCGCAGAUGAAAGUGGUUUCUCUGUGACCAACUUCCACGUUGCCACGGAAAAGGAUACCGAUCUGCACGUCAUCUACAGCAUGCCCGAUGGAUCGACUUGCAGAAACACCGCUUCCUGCAAUUCUCGCGGUACCUUGGUCAAGAACGAUCAGUGUGGUGGUGCUAAGUCCGUGCACUUUGAGCUGCCAGACCACAGCGAACAUGAGAGCUGCGGAUUUGGCAUCUACAGCGUUGGCUUUGACUGCACUCCUGGUUCCACAGCCACAUUGCCAGUCCCUGCCACCACUGUCCCUGCUACUUCAGUGCCGCACUCGACUGUGUCUGCUACUUCGAUCCCGAUCGUCAUCCCUUCAGUCUCUGUUCCUGGCUCCUCGGUGGCUCCCGUCACUACUUCGGUCGUGAGCACUCCUGUUCGGAUGACUACAUCGACGGUGUACACAACCAGCUUGAUCACUAUCACCAGCUGCGCUCCCACUGUUACUGAUUGCCCUGCUGGAUCUACGACUGUCGUCACUUCCACCAUUGCUAUUUCUACUACAGUCUGCCCUGUCACCGAGACUACACCCGCCGCAACAGGUGUGCCGUCCUUGCCUCCCGUACCCAGCCCGAGCGGCGUGCUCCCUGCCAGCUCAUCGGCUGUACCUCCCCACAGCAGUGGCACCACUGUUCCCUCAUCUUCAGUCGGGACUUCAUCCUCGGUCGGGGAUUCUUCUUCAGUCAGCUCCUCAUCUGCGAGCGAGCCCCCCGCUGUGACAUCCGGUCCUUCGACCCCAGCUAUCACCACUCCUGUUCGGAUGACCACUUCGACUGUGUACACCACCAGCUUGAUCACCAUCACUAGCUGCGCGCCUAGUGUCACUGAUUGCCCUGCUGGAUCCGGCUCGACCACCGUUGUGACAUCGACUAUUGCUAUCUCGACUACUGUCUGCCCUGUGACUGAGACUACCCCAGUUGCUAUCAGCUCUACUUCUGUGCCUGAAGGCCCAAUCCCAAGCGGCGUUCUUCCUGUUAGCUCCUCGGCUGGCAUUCCUCCCGCUAUCACUCGCACGCACACAAUUGGUACCCCGCCUGCUGGCACUCACACGCACACAGCCGGUACUCCCCCUGCUGGUACUCCUCCGGCUGGUACUCACACUCACACAGCCGGCACUCCCCCGGCUCCUGGUAUCACCUCUGCUCCCUCUUCUCCGGCACCCUCGUCAACUGGUGGCACCCCUCCUGGCCCUGGCGAUUUUACCACUACCAUCGUGACUUGGGAGACUAUCACCACUUGCCCGGUGACUAACACUGUUACCUCUGGUACUUCCACUUUCCUGACCACCUCGGAGACUGUUUCGACUGUUACUAUGACUUCCGUCUCCACAAUCUGUACCAAGUGCUCUGCCACCCCCACCCCUGUUGCCGGGGAGAGCACCACUGUCCCGUCUGGGCCCGGUGAGGAGGCUAGCACUGUUGUUCCCAGCACCGGUCCCUCUGGCACUCCCGAAGAAUCGAGUCCCGUCCCUAGUGGCUCUGUCUCUACCCCAGUUGGUUCCAGCCCAGUCUCCGAGACCACUCCUGCUACCCCCGAGGAAGCCACUACCACCAUCGUGACUUACGUGACCGAGACCACCUGCCCUGUGACUGCCACUAUUACCUCUGCUCUGUCGCCCCCGGAAGCACCCCUGCUCCCACUGAGACCGGCAUCGCUUCCGGCCCCCCCUCCCACUGGACCUGCUGUCACCAGCAUUGGCGCAAGCUCUACACCCACCAUCCCCGAGGAAGCCACUACCACCAUUGUGACUUACGUGACUGAGACCACCUGCCCUGUGACCAACACCGUCACUUCAGGUUCUUCCACAUUCAUCACCACCUCCAACACUGUUUCCACAAUCACAGUCACCUCGGUCUCAACCAUCUGCACCACGUGCAGCGCUACCGCCACCGAGGUCCCUACCGCCACUGAGAUCCCUAUCCCUGGCGAGAUUCCUACCUCUAGCGGAACUCCCUCAGUGCCCAGCAGUGUUUCUCCAGUAUCAAGCCCGGUCCCCUCAUCGUCAUGCCCCGACACCGUGCCCCAGUGUAUCAACACCUGGUUAGACCUCGCCCCUGAGUGCACAUCCAACAGUGAUGCCUCGUGCUUCUGCCCCAACAGCGAGUUCACCAGCAAGGUUAUUUCCUGCAUCCAAGCCUGGGGUGCCUCCAAGGGAGAGAUCCAAUCCGCUCUUUCCUACUUCACCGGAAUCUGCGCUACCUGGGUCCCCGAAAACCCAGGCAUUGUGACCGAAAUCCCAACAUCCAUCACUCUGGUCCCAACAGUCGCUCCCUCCACUCCCCCAUCCGGCGUCGAUGCCGUCGGCAGCGCCUCGGUCCCUAGCGCCGUCGCCCCUGUCACCUCGGGCCCCGCCCAACCCUGCACCACCAUCACCUACUCCACCUACACCGUCACCGUGCCCCAGGUCAGCUUUGUCACAAACACCGCCACCGGUGUCGACGCUGUCCCCACCGUCGGCCUAGUCCCCGCCAGCCCCAGCAACGCCUCCCCAGCGCACACCGGCAUUGUCCCUGCCCCGGCUUCGGCUACCUGGGUGACCGCCAGCGGAUACCCAUCUGCCAGUACCAGCGCCAGCGCCUGGCCCAGCGCAUCCCCGGUCUUCAAUUCCGCAUCGACCGUGUCGAUCGCCUCGAGUCUGAUGGCGGCUUCUCUCGCCGCAUUCUUCACUUUGAUGGUGUAA